GAGGUUUGGGGGGUUAGAGCUCGCAAGGGGGGGUGUCUGCCUGCGGCGCUCGGCGUCCCCGGACGGUGCUGUGCAGUGCAGUGCGCCAGUGGCCCCGCAUCUCGGCACCGUUCUUCGUCUGUCACCCUCGGUGUCUCCCUCCUUGCUUCCGCCACGGUUUGGCUCUCGUCUUUGGACCCAUCACAAAAGAGGCAGAGGCAAGGCUCCAUACUUAGGAACUCAAGCCUGGGAAGAUGGUGUGCAUUCCUUGUAUUGUCAUUCCAGUUCUGCUCUGGAUCUUCAAAAAAUUCCUGGAGCCAUACCUGUACCCUCUAUUUUCCCCUGUUGUCAGCCGUAUAUGGCCCAAAAAAGCUGUGCGCGAAUCCAACAAUAAAAAUAUAGGCAAAGUAGACUGCAAGGGUGCAGAUACAAAUGGAUUACUCACAAAAGGACCAACAGAGGUCUCUGAUAAAAAGAAAGACUAGUGUGUUUUUUCUGAAGGCCCCUGGCUGUUUCCAAUGGACCUGACAACAUGAAGCACCUUCUUUGUCUCUGCCUUUUUCCUCUGAGACCAGGAUUCUAGAUAAACAGUUUAGCACCUACUUGAUACUGAUCAGGAAGUACGUGGUAUUUAUAUUUGAAAUAUGAGUAGUUAUAUUUAAUGACCUCACUUCCUAGUUUCUUUUUCAUUAAAGUAGCUUUUAUUUCUGUUAUUCUGUUUUACUAAUAUGAAUAGAAGGUUUUUGUGAGCAGAUACGCAGAACUCCGAGCCCCUGGGCCUUUGCAUUUGACUGCUGCUUUCACUGCCUGUGGACUUUCGUAACUUGGGUGGGAUGAGUCUUGCUGCAAAACAGUACAGUCCAUGAUGGGAUGAAAUGUGGAAGAUGUAAUUACUGUCAAGCACAGUGGAGAGCAGAUACUUAAGAAUAGCUAUUGCUCCAAGGAAGCUGGAAAAAAAGGAACUAGGUGAAGCUUCUUUGCAAAUGUAACAGCAACAUCAGUGUCAGUCAUGUAAAUUCUGAUUCUGUACCUGUAUUCCUGUAAAUUCAUUAAACAUUCAGUUCAA